CCUCAUUUUAGAAGAGCUAAAAAGAUUUUUAAAAGACUUAAAAACAUAAAUGUUUGUAAGGAUCUGUGGUUCAGUUGUUGUCAGAAGUAUUCCUUCUAAUUUGAUGACCAAAAUAUGUUAAGGCGUAUCUGAAAUAGAAAAUAACUUUUUAUACUUUGAGUAGCCACUCUAAUCCAGGAUUUGAUUUUCUGAUCUGACACUUGCUUUUUCCUGUGCAGACUGUUUUUUAUUAAAAUACUGAACACUCACUAAAAACAACAAAAAUAUACCACUGGAAUAAUAGCUCAGGUUUUUCAUAUAUUGGGAUCUUUUCUGCUUACAAAAAUAUUUUAAUCAUGAGUUGUGGAAAUGAGUUUGUAAAAACUCUUAAGAAAAUUGGAUAUCCAAAAGCUGAUGAGCUUAAUGGAGAAGAUUUUGACUGGCUGUUUGAAUCUGAGGAAGACAGAUCAUUUUUGGAAUGGUUUUGUGGAAAUAUAAAUGAGCAGCAUGUGAUAUCUGAAAAAGAACUGCAAGAUUUUAAUAAUCUUCUUGAGUCGGGUAAGCCUAUUCUAGAAGGUGAUGCACUGGAUGAAGUUCUUAAAACCUGCAGUUCUGCAGAUUCAAAGAGCAAUAGUCAGCGAGAGGAAGAAGAAAAGGAGGAACGUAAGAGAUUAGAGGACGAAUUGCAAACUCUUGAGAAGAUGAAAAAUCUUACCAUUCAUCGAUCUAAAAAGCUUCAAAUGAUGUCUUCCAAAACCAGCCAGAUCUCACAGGCAUUGAAGGAUGCAGAGGAGGAAGCACUUAAAGAAAUGAAAGAAGGCCUGGGAGCGCUUACUGCGGCAAACAGUAAGCUUCACAGUGAGCUACUAUCUUUUUUUGAUGAAGUUAAGAAACUGACUUCUUUCUUGACUGCUUCAGAAUCAGAAAACGGCCCACAUCCCGUGUUUUUUUCCCAGCUUUCUUUGGACAAGUAUUUGGCUCAGGAGGAACAAAGAACUCUAGCAAUUGCCUCAUAUGUAAAAAAACAUUUUUCUCAAGGUGCGUCUGAAUUAGCUGAAAAUUCACAUGAUGAAAACUCUCAAUUUGGGAAUAAAAGCAAACAGGUGACUUGCAAUGAAGCUAAUGAAGUUUGUGAAGAAAGUCGUGAGUUGGUUCGUCUGCAAACAGCAUAUAUUUGUGCUCAACAUCAGCUAAUUCAAUCGAAAGCCGAAGAAGAGAGUAUCAAGUCAGCUAUACAGUGUGCAGAGAAAAUACUUCAUUCCUUAAAGACUAAGGGAAUUGAAAAAGAAACCCUUGACAUCGAAGUAUCUAGUUUAAAUGAUGAAAUUUCAACACUUAAAAAGCAAAUAGCUAAGAUAAACAAUGAAGAUCUGCCUGCCCUUUUGAAAGAGAAUGCUCGACAGUGGAUUGCACCAGUGGUGAAAGCAGUUCUUGAUCGUCGGAUUGCUCAGCAGGACUACUAUGCUGCAAGACAAGAUGAAAUAUACCACCAUUUGAUAAAUCAGAAAGCAUCAUUUGACCUUAUUGAGCUAGCUUAUGAAAUUGAACUGAGGAAACAUAAAGACCUCCAUUGUCAAUUUGAAAGUUUGAUAGAGUAUCUGAAGCAGACCAGUGAUGAGCUGGAACAGAGACUGAAGGUGAUGUCUGAGCUAGACCAGCCUGCACAGCCAAGGACCACUAUUGAUUCAAAGGAUGAUUUCUCUCGUAGACUGUACCAGCUUCUGGAAGGUAAAAACAAGAAAGUAGAAUUGUUUAAAACAUAUGAAGGCCUCCAGCAGAUGGCUCAAAAAUUAGAGGAGGACUGUGCUAUAGUACAAGAUCAGCUAGCAGCGUCUUCUCAAGAACAGUCUCUGUUUUUAUCCAAGCUAAACAGUGAUAUAGAUGCCCUAUGUGAAGCUCUGUAUUGUGGAGGAAAUCAAGUAUUACUUAGUAGUCAGGAACUUACCGAUCAGUUUCAAGAAAUAGAAGGUCAUUUAAAUGAAUUAAAUAAGCUCACCAUCGAUCUUCUUGAUGAUGUAAAGGAAAAGAGAAUUGCUUUAGAAUCUAAUAAGCUGCUUCAGAUGGAAAGAAAGUUGUAUGUGUAUUAUCUCCAAGAUGAGGACCACUUGAAAAAGAUUGUUGAGGAGCUUGAGCAACAAUCUAAGGCGAAAACCACUGCUCUAGAAGAUCAAAGUUUCACUACCAAUGAAGUGCUUGAUAUUUAAACUUAAAUGUACUCUUAAAAUAUGGAAAAACAUUCUGUUUUCAAGUUUAUGGAAAAAAUACAUCUUAGGUGCUCAGAGAUAGCAUUUAUUUGUUGUUACAAUGUAUGUUUAGCUGCCACAGUUAUCAAGUUUGGAUUAUAUACCGUUUUAUAAGUUUUGGCAUCUGCUUGUUGAGUUUGUAUUUCAAUUUAAGUUUUUUUGAUAGGAGAAAAUACACUGGGUACUUAAUGAGUUAUAUAAUGGAAUGCUCUUCUGCUAAGCUGUGUUUUGAUUUCCAUUAUGUACAGCAUAGUAUAAAACAAGGUUUCAUGCCCUUGAGAUAUGUCUUUGUGCAUGCUAAGAACCUUUUCGUAUGUGAUUUGUAAAGUAAAUGUAGAGAGGGCAUUCCAGCUUUUUGAAUGGAAACACACUUUGCCCCUUUCAAAUAGGAAAGCUCUCCAAGGCAAAAAAAUUGUGAUCCAGUUUCUCUGAAGAUAAGGUGUCUUUUAGGAAUAUGUUGCAGAGUGUGGGUGGUUUUUUUUUUUUUUUUUUGGACUUAGUACCUGAGAAUCUUUGGUUGGAGCAACUCGGGAAUUUGCUCCAUCAUUUAAAAUAAUGUGCUUUUGACCUUCAAAUUAUUAGUGUUUUUUGGAAUUCUCUUUUCACUGCUUUGACUGUUUAUUUAAACUCUUGUAUCCUAAUAUAGUGAUGUAAUUAAAUGUUAUGCGUGUAAGUAUAAUACCUUUGGUCAUUUUUUAUAUUGAUGGGUUAUUGGUGGGUCAGCUUUUUUUUUUCCUUUCAAAUGUCAUGCAACAAUAAUGGAUGGAAAAUUAGUGCUAACUUUGUCUUCAGUAACACUAACUUUGUAUUUUGAUUGCAGAUUUCUACCUAUUACAUAACGUGUUUUAAAUUUCUGUGUUUCUUAAACUUGCUGGUUGAUUUUUGUGCUCUUUAAUUCUAUAUGUCAUGUUUAUUAUUAAAAGUUAAAUAUUACACUUUAAGAUCAAUGUUGUAACAUUGGACAAAUCUCUAUGUUGGUUUGAUGUGUAUUCUAAUGCUUGUUGUAUGUUUUAUGUUUAGUAUAAUGGUUCUGAUUUUAUUUUAUUUUUUCCUCCCCUAAUUUGGGUUCCCUGAUUCCUGAUUUGUUACUGCCCAUCUUGGAAAACUCAAGGAGGAUUUUUAUUCUGCUCAGGACAGAAAUAUUGCUAUUUUUUUAAUAAAAAGAGUCAGAAGAAGGUGGGCAGGGGAGAGAAAUUAUACUUUUGAGUGUAAUAAUGUCAAGGAAAAAAAAGUCAUUCUCUCACCUUUCCCCAUUUGCAUGUGUACUAUCAAAAGAAACUAGCUAGUGCCCUGGAGUGCAGUGUCUUGUCCAGCAAAAUUGUAUAUUUUCAUUAUUUCCUUCAGUAGUUUCCAUGAAAGUUUCCUUGGUUCUUAGGACUGCAUGACAUGCAUUAUCAGAAUACUUUCUCUUCAAGGGUUAUGGUCAUGUGUAUAGUAUGUGUACAGCUAUAUAUACAUGUAUAGUACAACUGCUAGGAUACCUCCCUCUUUGUUUAAGGCUCUUAAAUGCUAUGCUGUUCAUUUGCUAGGCUUUAGAA